AUGAGCUUCGAGACCGACGACCAGAGCACGGUGCCUUGCAUCUCUCUUCACAACUUUGGCGAGCGCCGCGCCAAGAUCAUCGAGCAACUCAUGGACGCAAGCACCCGCAUCGGCUUCUUCACUCUCGAGAACCACGGCAUCUCCGCCGAGCAAGUCCAGGACGCCUUUGCUCUGUCGCAGGAGUUCUUUGCUAAGCCCGACGAGGUCAAGGCUAAAACGCCGCUCAACGGCAAGAACAUGGGUUGGGAGAAGGGGGCCCAGAUCCGACCCUCUACCGGUACCGCUGACCAAAAGGAGUCGAUGCAGCUCCAAUUCGCACGUAUGGAGGGAAUGUGGCCCUCGGACAAUGACGUGCCCGGCUUCCGCAAGCGCGCCGAAGCGUUCAUGCACGCAGUGCAAGAGCUCAGCAUCAAGGUCAUGGAGUGCUUCGCCGAGGGCCUCGACCUUCCCCUUUCCACCUUCACAGAGGGAACCGUCGACCCCGGUGUCGGCGACUCUCAGUCCACUCUGCGUCUGCUGCACUACCACAGCGUCGAGGGCAAAGAUUUUGGCGAAAACUUCUGGCGAGCAGGCAGUCACGCCGACUUUGACGUGCUCACCAUGCUCUUCCAGCGGGACGGAGAAGGCGGUCUCGAGGUGUGCCCAGGCAGAGAGGUGGUCGGCGAUUUCGGUCACGGAAACACUUGGAAGAAGGUGGAAGCAAGAAGUGACAGGAUUGUUUGCAACAUCGGCGAUCAGCUCAUGAGGUGGUCAGAUGACAGGCUAAAGUCGACCUUCCACCGCGUCAGGCUGCCACGUCAAGGCGAGCCCAAAGGUGCACGCUACUCCAUCGCUUUCUUUAACCAGGCACGCAGCGACACAAUCAUCCAAGGUCCUGGCAAAAAGUACGCCCCCAUCACCGGAGCCGAAUUCAUCAAACAGGCAUUGGAACGGAACAAGCUGGGCCUCGCCGCGCGAACUGCGCAGCCGCCUCAGUCGCAGCAAGACUUGUUGAGCGCUCCUUCUGCCGCCGUGGCGGUCAACUAA